CCCAGCCGAGGUGACAACCCUAGCGUCACUGAUGGUCAACAGCGAUCUUGCCCCACACUCUUCACCUUAACAUAAACCCGGUGUCUCGGACAAGGCUAGAAGUCUGCAUCACCCGCCAAGCAAAGCCGAGCUUACCAUGGAGGACUCCAAACCAUUCGAUAAGAUGGCAGUUAUGUUGCGAAAGUUCCGGCGAGGCAGCAAAGACACCUACCCAUACCCAACGCCACGCAAUGGCAGCGUCGCCACCCUACCAUCAACAACAGAGCCGGCACCCUUAGUAGAAGGCAAACUCACGUUCUUCGAUUUGCCAGCCGAGCUCAGAAAUGAAGUUUACAACGUUGUAGCCAGCGACACCCACCUGACCCUCCCGUCUUCGGAGCAGAGAAGCAAGAAGCUCUUCAUCCGUCCCACCGGCCUUUUACUGGCAUCGCGACAAUGCCGGAAAGAAUACCUGCCCCUUCUCUUCUCUACCGCCACCGUAAUCUUGAACAUCAAAGACUUCGACUUCCAGAAUCUCCUCCGCGUAACCGGAAGUCUUUACAGCACUGAGCUCAAGUCCUUACGAACUAACAAUAACCUCCUGAUCCGUCUUCGCACAUGUAACUGCACACGCGAGAAUAUGCAAUCGCUCCGCCGCUGGCUCAUUUCACGCGCGAACGGUCUGGAUCGGCUGCCAUGGCAGUACGAGGUCUUGUUGGGGGAUGCGACAGGCAGGAUGGGCUGUUUCCGGCAGAGUAGGGAGUUGGCUUAUUAUGGAGAGAGGUUGGCGAGGCUGCAGUGUCAGUUGGAGGACUCGCUGCAGUGGGAGCUGGGCGUUAUUGUGGAGGCGUUUGAGAGGAAGGGAAGAGAGUUGGAUGCGGUUUUGCAGGGGGUGACGAAGCCGAGGCUGUUGGCCGGGAGGGAGGCGAGGGGGUUGAGUGGUGGUGGGUUGAUAUGAAGGUGCUGUGUGUGGUAUGGCUGGUGAUGCUACAGACGGUUGAGUUGCAAUGGUGAAUCUUCUUUAGAACCUUGACGCACCACUUCACGUAACCUGAAACGGUACUACAGAGCUUCUGGCGCUGCUGGUAAGCUUCGACUCAGUUUGC